AUGAAGAGCCAGAUGACGAUGAAGAAACAGACUGGAUCACUAGUUGUGAUGGAGAUAUGCCUAGUGCUAAAUUGGCGAAGAUUUCCAGAAAUCGUCAAAGGCUGGAUUGAGGAGAACUCGGACAUGAAAAAGGCCAUAUUCACGCAGUUUCUUGGCUUUGUCAGACUGCAUGGGUACAGUGCUGGAACCAGGCGUGGGGUGCCACUUGUGGCGUGGAGAGAUUCAAGAGUCGAGGAAAUUCGGAUCUUAGUCGCUAGUCUUAAAGCCGGGGGGAUUAGACUUGAUAUGUCCAUGGCGAAUAAGUGUAUCCUCGUGGAUCUAUGGUGGAAUGAAGCAAUAAAAGAUCAGGCAUUCUGUCGCCUUUACAGAAUCGGACAGUCCAAAGAUGUGGAAUUCGUCAAGAUCAUCAUGAAAGUCUCAAUUGACGAGUACUUGCUACGAAUGCAGACGCACACGACGGUUGAAAUCACAAGUACUUUGGGAGACGAGGUUCUGAAGAAUCGAGAUUCCGUCGUUGAACUCCAGGAAUUGUUCGGCGGGAUACGCAAUUAA